UAGAAUACGCUUUAUGGUGUAUGAACCAAAUAUAGCUUUUUCCAGGAACAGACUUACCACGAAGGCCAACAGAGUGUUGAACGAGAAACAUAUUUGUACAGUACUGGAAAUCAGCCAAGGAAAGGACUUAUCUUAGUGUGAAACAAGUGAAAGAACAGUGAAAGGGACAGUCGGUCCUGAAAUCUCGCGAAGUAUUUGCCGGCGGCCGCCAUGGGCAGACAGAGCCGAGUGGGAUGCUAGGAGGACGCGGAUGAGGAGCGCCGUAUGAUGCCGGCAUGCUCUGAAGGGGAGUCGCCACCAUGGGCACUGUCCUGGGCCGCGCGGGCAAGGCCAACGGCGUCGCCGUGGCCCCCUCGGCGCCAGCGGAAGGGAACCCCCGGAACAAGACGGCGCUGAAGCCCGGCCGCAGCUUGAUGGACUGGGUGCGACUGGGUCACUCGGGGACUGACCUGGCCGGCACGGGGGGUCGCCUGCUGGACGUGACCCCGCAGGAACUGGCCAAGCACAAGAAGAGGAGCGACUGCUGGAUGGCGCUCAAGGGGAAAGUGUACAACGUGACGCCCUACAUGGAGUUUCACCCUGGCGGGGAGGACGAGCUCUUGCGAGGCGUCGGCGUGGAUGCGACAGAUCUCUUCAACGAGGUACAUAAGUGGGUGAAUUUCGAAUCCAUGCUCCAGAAAUGUCUAGUAGGCAGGCUGGUAGAAGGCCGACCAUUCUUCCUAAAGCCAAGCUUUUUACCGCUCGGGAAAAGUUCGAAGGAUCCAAACAAACAAAGUAAAGUUCAUAGGAGAUUAUAUUAUAAUGCAUCAAAGAACCUCACCGUCUCGUCCGCCAAUAACUCUUUAUCGGUACCAAGCUUAGGCCUCCCAGGAAAGCUAGGAGUGCUGAAGUCCCCUCUGUCGUCCCCCCAAACCCCGUCCUCACUGCCAUCCCCAAAAUACGACUGGUUUCAGACGAAUACCAUGAUCAACAUAGCUAUAUACACCAAGUGGAAGCAUAUUACCAAGGAGCAUGUCGUUAUAGUUAAACAUGCGGAGGUAAUUAAAAUCGUAUGCUAUAUACAAGAUAUGGUAUACACAGUCCACUUGCAUCUGCAUAAGUCUGUUGGUGAAGACUUCGAAUUGAAAACUGGAAGUGGAUCAGGGAAAGUCGACGUUUUGCUGAACAAACAGGAGACAGGGGUACGGUGGAGUUCGGUGGGAAAGCCUCUCGAGAGGAAUGGGGAACAUGUCAUUUCAAAGGACAGAGAGGUCGAGUAUCUAGAAUGUUCCCUAAUCAGCAAAGAAAAUGUGACGCAUGAUACUCGAAUGUUUAUUGUUGAAGUGCCUAGAUAUGCAUAUCUACCAGUGCCUAUUGGUUAUCACGUUUACUUCAGAUUAAAGGGAGAAGAUGUGGUAAAGCCCUACACCCCAGUCGCAGCCUCACUGAAAGUUGGCGAGGAGGAAGAAGUUGGAAGGAAGAUAUAUAUUUUUAUCAAGAUUUACGAGGGAGGAGCAUUAACGCCGGCCCUUGACAAACUUCCAGUUGGAUCUAGCGUAGAAGUAAGCUUUCCAGAGGGGACGUUUACCCUAGACAAGCUAACGGCAGCCACGGUCACUGCCACAGAUGUUGUGCUUCUGGCCGCCGGGACAGGGAUUACUCCAAUGAUAAGAGUAAUGCUAGCUGCACUUCAGAAUGAAAAGAGAGUUCACCUCAUUCUCUUUAAUAAAACAGAGGAUGAUAUUCCAUGGAGAGAGAACCUAAACACAUUACUUACAGAUCACUCGAGUUUAUUAAAGGUCACCCAUGUAUUGUCAAAGGCUGAUGACUCUUGGUCCGGCUUGAGAGGUCACAUCAGACGGGAACUUUUGGAGGAUUUGCUACCAAAGAGAGACGAUGGACAUAUAGUGCAUUUAUGUGUCUGCGGACCAACAGUAUUCACUAAAUUAGCUGUUAACUUGUUUAAGGAAAUUGGCUACAGUGAAGGAAAUUACCAUGCAUUCCUUGGAUAACAGAAUGACCUUGUGAUACCCUUUAUGAAGUGAUGUACCAUCGCGCAGUUUAAAGAAACCGCUUCAAAUACAUUUAGAUGUACGACCCACCACCACACACACCUAAUUGUAAUCCAGCGUAAGCAUUAAAGAGUGUGAUUAAAUUCCUUCCUUGCCAAAGCAUCGAUUUGGUAACACACUGUGUGAACUCAGGAAGUAUAUAUCCGCUGAAGAGAAGUUGAUGAAUUCGAUUCCUGUUGCAAGGCGUUUCUACAGCUUGGAAAACUUGGUUGUAGAAAUUAAUUAUUCGUGUUCUAGUCUGUGAAGAGACUUUGAAUCUGUUCUCUGGGACAAAAUAUUAUAAAACAAUAAUUUAACAGUUUUAUCUGCAGUGGACUGUAAUUUGAUUGGAGAACCAAACAUAAAAUAAUUUUAAUAUAUUUUUGAAAACUU